UGGCUCCACUCUAUGGGAAGCGUCGUUCGUUCGGGGUAGUUUGCUCCGCUCUGGUGCCAAGACAAACGACACUUCCAUAGCACGGGGCCGUGGCAGUUCAAGUGGUGUCAAUACGGGUUAUUUCACCAGUGCGGAUGCAGCCUGGGUUUCCUUUUAAAUGGCGCCCCGAUGCCACAGUCGCUUAUCGACAGUGGUGUCCAUUAGACUCGGGUCCUUUCGGGAGAACGGAGGACUGGGACCAGGGCUGAACCCCUGUGGAUGGCAAAGGGCAGGUCCUCCCUAAAGACCCCGAAGGCGGAGGAGGGUUUCAACUUUACUCCAGGUCGGUUUAGCCCCCCCCCCCACUUCUGCCAGGUCCCUUUUGAAAGCCAAGGGCCAGCCGUGUUUUGCUUUAAAAGGUCCCUCCCUUUCUUGAAGUAGAAUAAUGGAGGAUGGUGAUGGGGAGAGAUUAAUCAUUGAAGAAAUUGGAGACAGAGGUUGCAUCCACACAGGAGAUAUAGCCCGGUUUGGCACUGCUUUAACUCUCUUCUGACUCAAGGUUAUGGAAUUCUGGGAGUUGGAGUUUGUUGUGAGCCCAGAGCGGAGCGGAGCUCCCAGAAUUCCACAGCCUUGAGCCAAAGCACUUAAAGUGGUGCCAAACUGGGUUAUUUCUCCAGUGUGGAUGCAGCCAGAGCCUCCAUCCACGCGGCAGGAAUAAUCCGCUUUGACACCAUUUUUAACUGCCACGUCCAGGGUGUCCAGAGACUUGGUCCUCCUUUCCCAAGCCGUGUCCUCCAUUUCCACCUUCCGUCCAGCGGGAACCCCAUAAAGUCCUCCAUCAUAUGGAGCAGGACGAACUUGGCAUGUCUAUGCGCGUUUUGAGCUUCUGUGGGGUCAUGUCCUGGAAGUCCUUCUCCUUUGCCUUGAGGAGGACAUGUGCCCCUUGGCCAUGGCUAUGGAACUCUAGGGUUUGUCGCAACAAACGACAAAAGGCCAACAUUCCCCAGCACGGGUAAUGAAAGCGGGGCCGACCCGAAUUAGUUCCUGCAGUGCAGAUGCGGCCAGUCUCGGCCCCACCCUCUUCCUAGCGCGGAGCCAAUCCGGGGGCGGCCUUCUUUUUGACAGGCAGAGGGGGCCCGCCCUCUGUGACGUCUCCGGCUGGCUUUGCAUGAGUUGCGCCGCUGCAAGAAGCUGCAGCUCAGUUGUCUGGCAAAGCGAAGCGAGACGACGACGAGGAGGAGGAGAAGGACUGGAGGAGGAGAGCCCAGGCUGCCCGCCUGCCUUCUUGCUGGCGAUCCCCCCUUGCAGCAAGGGACAAGCCCCCCAGACAGACCCCCAUCUCCUCCCUGUGUCCACCAUGGAGCUGCCAGCGGUGGGCGAGCACGUCUUCGCGGUGGAAAGCAUCGAGAAGAAGCGGCUCCGGAAGGGCCGAGUGGAGUACCUCGUCAAAUGGAGGGGAUGGUCGUCCAAGUAUAACACGUGGGAGCCGGAGGAAAACAUCCUGGAUCCCAGGCUCCUGAUCGCUUUCCAAAACAGGGAGAGGCAGGAGCAACUUAUGGGGUACCGUAAACGAGGGCCGAAACCAAAGCCACUGGUAGUUCAGUUGCCAUCUUUUGCUCGCCGCUCUAAUGUUCUUAGUGGCCUUCAAGACCCUGUGAUGGAGAACAGGCCCAAGCUGGAUCUUGGUGGCUCUGGCAAAAGCCAGCAGCAGCAGCAGCAGCAACAGCAUCAGCAUCAGCAUCAGUAUGAGCUCAACAGCAAGAAGCACCAUCAGUACCAGCCAAACAGCAAGGAGAGCAACAUCAAGCACCAGUCUCACAGCAAAGGAAAAUACUACUACCAGCUGAACAGCAAGAAGCACCACCACUAUCAGCCAGAUCCCAAGAUGUAUGAGCCCCACUACCAGCCCAGCAGCAAGGAGCCCCAGCAAGGACAGGCCUGCCUGGAACAUAGCAAAAGCCCUCUGAUGUCCCAGUCAGACAAAUGGUCUCAUGGCUCAACCAAAAGCUUGCUGAACCCAGUAAAGAAUCUGGGUGGCCUAGAAGGGAAGAGCGGGGCGGAAAAGAACCUCUCCAGUGGGACAGGCCCACCGCCCCCUCCACCCCCUCUCCCACCCCGAGAUGGGGUGACCAGCAAUGGCAUUGGGGGCAAAAUGAAGAUUGUCAAGAAUAAGAACAAAAAUGGCCGCAUUGUGAUUGUCAUGAGCAAGUACAUGGAGAAUGGCAUGCAGGCAGUUAAGAUUAAGUCUGGAGAGUCUCACAAGAAGCGGGUGGCCGAGGACAGGACUCACAAGAAAGGGUCAGAGGAGAGGCCGGAGUCAUGGAAAAGACCUGGGGAAGAGAGGUGGCCAGGCAGUAGCCCCAAAGACAAGUCUGGGCCUGAGGCCAGUCACAUGCCUGCAGAGCUUGGAACUGCUCCCGCAAAGACCUCUCCAGCCCCAGGUCAAGAAGUGCCCGUUUCCACAGAACAGCAGCCUCUCCCACUCACCUCCAAGGUUCACCCGGCUCCCUGGGCCCUGGAUCCCAGUCAGCGGGAACACAGUGCCACCACCGUGGGGCUCAACCUCUCACCCAGCUGUGGUAGUAGUGGCUCCCGGAAGCGCUGCCUCUCCGAGCCCCACAGUGACAAGGAGGGUGGCAAGAAGCGCCUGACCUUCCGGAGCAUCAGUGCCCCCACCCCUUGCCUGAGCCCUUCUACCCCAGAGAGACCUGAGCCCCCCGCCCUUCCUGCCUCCCAGCCAGAGGUCAUUCUGCUGGAUUCAGACUUGGAUGAGCCCAUAGACUUACGGUGUGUAAAGGCUCGGGGGGACAGUGAGUCCAGCCUGGUGCAAGUGAAGCCAGAGGCCCCACCAGCACCGACCGACAAACCAGUGCCGGAACCUCAGAAACCGGUGGAAUGCUUUGAGGUGGAGGCUGAGGCUGAAGAAGAUGAAGAAGAACCUCUACAGGAGUUCAAGCCUUUCUUUGGGAAUAUAAUAAUAACAGACGUGACUGCAAACUGCCUGACAGUGACAUUUAAGGAAUAUGUGACAGUGUGAAAAAGCUCUGGCACAGGCUUCCAGCACCCUCUCCCUUGGCAGCCUGGCUUCUCCCUCCUCCUCCUCCUCUGAGGUAGAGUUAACCCCUAUGGUACAGGGCAGAUGCAUUGAGAUGGGACACACCUCCUGCCCUGGAAGAGGACAUGGGGCAUGAAGGAGAUUCUGCCUCCCCAGAGGGUGGCCUUUGGUCUGGAUCAGUCUCUGCUGUGCCAUCUCUGUCUUCUAGGGGUUUUGGGCAUCAGGAUAUGGUGAGGGUAGCAGCUUCCCAGUUAACUCGCGGGAGAGUUACAUAGUAUUAUAUUUUAACAGUGCUAACUUGUCGAGUGGUUCUUGCUCCCGUUUGUAUGUGGUGUUGCUGAACAUGUAUUGUUUGAGCUGAAGGCAGGCCUCCCCAGGAGGGUCAUGCAAUUAUAUUUAUUUGUAGGUAUUUAUAUAACAAAAAUAUAAAAAGCCUAGAUUUAUGGAGUUCCCUAGAUUUGCCCUAUAUAUAUAUAUAUAUAUAUAUAUAUAUAUAA